UUGGACACAGUCUUCUUUUUACAAAGCAACAUACUGUUCAGAGAACUUCAACUACUAUCUGAAAACUUCAGCAACUUCUCACUUUUCAUUGCUUUAUUGCUUCAUUGCUUUACUACAUUGACAAUGGCUGGACAAGCUCAGAAAAGGUCUGCUGAUUGCAACUUUGUGCACUGUUUGUGGUGCCACAAGCCACAGGACAACAUCUCUGUACACCUGACUAGGGUGUGCAUGAAAAACAGCACACCAGAGGAGAGAGCGGCUGAGGUUCAGACGGCCAAGGAAUCCUUGAGGGAGUGGGUCCGGGCCAACAGGACCUGGGAUUACACGGAUCUGUGCAAGAUCGUGUCCGACAGGCACUCUCGUUUGGUGAUGGUGAAGGAGCUGCUUAAGCAUGGUUUCUUCAUCACCAACAAGCCCCAUGAGUCCGACAUAGUCUUAGAUUCGGAUGGUGCUUCCGCCUCAGCAACUGCCACUGCCCCCUCUUCGCCACAGGGGACUGAUAUCACAAACGCACCCUCUUCAUCCUCUUCUGAUCAGAAGACAGCAGAGCCUUCCUGGCAAAGAGAUCUUCCAAGCUCAUCCUCCUCUGUGCGGAUCGAGAUGAAAGAGGGGGGUCUGUAUUUUCUGGGAGCACCAAGCUUCUUUUAGACUUCAAAAAGUACCCGACGGAGACAUUGAUGGUCUAUAACAGCCAACAGGAGGUUGACAACGUUUCACGCUUCCUGCGCUAUUUGCUGCCGGUUGGGGAUGAGCCUACCCUCGAGUUCCUCACAAAGAGCACAGAGACCCGUGAUUUCCUGGCGGCCCUAAAGAGUACGAUCGAUUUGUCGAGGGCUCACGCAGCGUCAGAGUGCCGGGAGAUUUUGAGGGUUUCUAAGGCAGACUUCCUGAACAUCUUCGGGCAGUUCAUCUCAGGUGCCGAAGUGGACAAUAGUGAAAAGACGAUGUACCGCUACUACUGCGAGGCGAUCAUGGUCUUCCGUCACUUUCAGCGCCCAGGAGCUGUGGAAGGCUUGACUGUGUCAGAGUGGGUGAACAGAAAGGCAUAUAAUGGCAGGCUAGAGGCUGGCAUCAGCAAACACAAAACAUCGACCAUGCAGAUCGCUGUAUUUGCCUUGAUGCAGGAGGAGGACGCUUGGUUUCGGGUGUACCAUGAGUCCAUUUGGCCUGGAUACAACAAUGGUACUACUGACAAGUGCAACAGUGGUGGGAUGAACAGGUGGCCAAUCCUGACCAUUAUCACCUUGGAGACACACGAUGGGCAGAUUCUUGGUAGGCAGCGCUGUGAGGUUCGGGUUUGUGCCUGCCCAAAAAAUUGAAAAUGCUGUCCACAUACCAGACUGAUUUUAUUCUGGCACACUAUGAUAUGGCUGGACUUGAUCAGUAUGGAGAUGACAGCGAGUUCCUCUGGACACCUUAUUGUCCACAUGGUUAUGCUGUUUCACCACACCUCCGCAGUGCACAUACACCUUCUGUCCUGGGUAAAGCUUGCUUCUGUGAAGCCCACUGUCUGGGCAGCCAUGUGAUCACAUUUCUGUCAGGCCUUCUGCUGAUGAACCACACACCAGGGUACCCAGUGUUUAAUGUUUAAUUUAAUGCUUGUUCGAUGGUUUUGUGGAUCCACAAUUAAGAGCUGCUUGAUCAAAUCUUUGGCUUCAUUUGAAACCGCCUUCCACUGAGAAGGAAUGAAGUGAUAGUGGCCGUUAAUGAUCUGUUCGCGUACAGUCAUGGCGUAUGGUAGCCGAGGAGGGUGUGUGUGUGUCAUCAGAUUGACAACUUGCCCCUGGAGGUCCUGAAACAACAGGUAAGUAUAAUGAUUUAUCCUAGCAGGUGCAUGUGAGGUCCAAGGGGACAGUGUCAGUGAUGUUAGCUGAGGUGUGCGACACCUCUCUGGGCAUGACAAAUAGCACAAAUAUAUAAAUAUUGCGUAUCAUUGUAAAGCUUAUAAUCUCCACUUUGCAUUGAGACUAAUGAUUUUGCUAUAGCUUGUUAAUAAAAGGAGAGAUCAUGGGUCAAGAUGAGGUCUAUUUGAUCCAUGUUGACCAUGAGAGUGACCAACCAACAUACUAAAUGACAAUUUCCAGUUAAUAGUGUUGGUAUAUUGUGUCCACCAACAUAACAAAUGUCAAUUUCCAAUAUAUUGUAUUGAUGUAUUUAAGUCCACCAACAUACUAAAGGUCCAUUUUAUUAUAUUGGUCUAUUACCCCUGUGUCCACCUUUAUUAUAAAUGUCCAUUUUCAAUUUGUUGUAUUGAUGUAUUUAAGUCCACCAACAUACUAAAGGUCCAUUUCCAAUGUAUUAUACUGGUCUAUUACCCCUGUGUCCUCCAACACAUUAAAUGUCCAUUUCCAAUUUAUGGUAUUAAUGUAUUUAAUCUAAGUCCAUCAAUAUAUUAAAGGUCAGUUUCCAAUUUAUUAUAUUGGUCUAUUACCCCUGUGUCCACCUUUAUAAUAAAUGUCCAUUUUCAAUUUAUUGUAUUGGUCAGUUGUGUCCACCAACAUAUUAAAUGUCCAUUUCCAAUUUGUUGUAUUGAUGUAUUUAAGUCCACCAACAUACUAAAGGUCCAUUUUAUUAUAUUGGUCUAUUACCCCUGUGUCCACCUUUAUAAUAAAUGUCCAUUUCCAAUUUGUUGUAUUGAUGUAUUUAAGUCCACCAACAUACUAAAGGUCCAUUUCCAAUGUAUUAUACUGGUCUAUUACCCCUGUGUCCUCCAACACAUUAAAUGUCCAUUUCCAAUUUAUGGUAUUAAUGUAUUUAAUCUAAGUCCAUCAAUAUAUUAAAGGUCAGUUUCCAAUUUAUUAUAUUGGUCUAUUACCCCUGUGUCCACCUUUAUAAUAAAUGUCCAUUUUCAAUUUAUUGUAUUGGUCAGUUGUGUCCACCAACAUAUUAAAUGUCCAUUUCCAAUUUGUUGUAUUGAUGUAUUUAAGUCCACCAACAUACUAAAGGUCCAUUUUAUUAUAUUGGUCUAUUACCCCUGUGUCCACCUUUAUAAUAAAUGUCCAUUUCCAAUUUGUUGUAUUGAUGUAUUUAAGUCCACCAACAUACUAAAGGUCCAUUUCCAAUGUAUUAUACUGGUCUAUUACCCCUGUGUCCUCCAACACAUU